AUGGGACAGUCCUCGACCAGCGCCAGCCCGGUGAAGAUCAUGGUCCGGCCUGCCAGGCCUGCCAGGCAUGCCACCUGGCUGCCCGCCGCCGCUGGGGAAUCUGGUAUCUGGUAUCUGGUCCAUGGUCCAUGGCCCAUGACCGAUGGCCGAUGGCCGAUGAUUUGCCAGACCAGGCCCUUGCCUCGCCUCGCCUGCGAGCACGUGCCAGCAUCAGUACCAGACAUCACGACGGCCGUUCUCCCGUCACGAGCGCAGUCCACAGUCGGCUGCCCGCGUAUGCUGUGGGCUGGGUCCCAUGUACCGAGUACCGCCUGCGGCUCCACAUCCAAACAGCUGCCACGGCGAUCAAUCCCUCAUCCCGUCGGAAUAUAG